AUGGCUAUCACAAUCACUUCACUGGCGACAGCACUUCUCGUAUUGGUGUUCUGCUACAAAGCAAUCAUAUACCCGGCAUUCAUCUCACCGCUAUCCAAGAUUCCCAAUGCCCACUGGAGUACACCAAUUACACCGGCCUGGAUGCUGUGGAGGCGUUUCACGAGCCGAAACAACCGAACUAUUCAAGAUCUACAUGAGAGACUUGGCCCAAUUGUUCGCUUAGGGCCGUCGGAGAUCUCCAUCAAUUGCGUGGAUGGAGGUAUCAAGACAGUAUACACUGGCGGAUUUGAAAAACACGAUUGGUAUCCACGAGUAUUCGCAUCGUUUGGCACAGUCAGCAUGUUUACCAUGGUAGGGAGCAAGACUCAUUCAAACCGCAAAAGAAUGUUGUCCAACAUUUACUCGAAGUCUACUUUGCAGACAUCUCCCCAUCUCAGGCUCGUCUCCAAUGCAGUCAUAUUCGAUCGAUUGCUGCCUAUCCUUGAGAAGGCUGCAAGUUCUGAAACAGCGUUGGAUGUGCAUGAUCUGAACCAAGGCUUGACAAUGGAUUUCGUGUCAUCAUAUCUCUUUGGAUUGCAGAAUGGCACAAACCUCCUACAAAACGAUUCGUUCCGCAAGCACUGGCUUCACCUCUACAUGUGUCGUAAGCCGUUCGAGUUUUAUUCUCAAGAGGUGCCUUAUCUGGACGGAUGGCUGAGAAAAAUCGGUCUUCGGGUCGUUCCUAAAUACUGCGAUGAAGCGAACAAGAUGCUUGAUGCGUGGGCUCUGGAUUUAUGUGACAAAGGCGAGCAGUCUCUCGCAUCGACCGAACCGGGAUUCGAGCCAGUUGUCUACAAGCAGCUGAAGCAGGCUCUGGAUAAAAGCUCCUUGAAGAACGGAGAGAAGCCGGAUAUGGCACAGCAGAGGCUCGAUAUCGCGUGCGAAUUAUACGACCAGUUGACAGCUGGCUUUGAGACAAGUGCAGUUGGUCUCACUUAUCUGUUCUGGCAACUUUCCAGAAACUCAGACAUACAGAGUAGACUCCGUGAGGAGCUGCUUACUCUGGAUCCCCCAGUCGCGUACCCAAAGUCUGCGGAGAUGCCUUCGGCCAAGGCAAUCGAUAGUCUCCCCUUGCUGGAAGCUAUUGUGACCGAGACACUGAGACUUCAUGCUCCAAUUCCAGGCAUUGAGCCUCGCGUGACUCCAUCUACUCCUUGCACUCUUGCUGGUUAUGACAACAUCCCCCCUAACACCAGGGUCAGCGCACAAGGUUACUCCCUACAUCGCAACCCUGAGGUGUUCCCAGACCCAGAAAGCUGGCAGCCGAAGCGGUGGUUAGAAGAUCAAAACUCCUCCGCUGACUUGGAGGAGAAACGUCGAUGGUUCUGGGCGUUUGGAAGCGGAGGACGAAUGUGUGUAGGGAGCAACCUAGCUUUGCAAGAGAUGAAACUGGCUGUUGCUGCGAUUUACACCAACUUUCACACCACCAUCGUCAAUGACGAUGGCAUCGAAGCAACCGAUGCUUAUACCGUAAAGCCCCGUGGCGAUAAGCUGAUUCUCAAGUUCGAAUCAAUCCAAAAGGACUCAUGA